AAAAUGGCAAAAAAAAAAAUUUAAAUUUGUUUUAUUGUACUUUUUUGUGCCCAUUAGUUGUGCAAUUGAUUAUGGGAGUUUUAUAAUUUCAUCCCACUAUAUUAUAUUACCUCACAAAAAACCAAUUUCUUUCGUAAGAAAAGUGUUUUAUGUCGGUGGAAAUUAUUUUAGAUAACUGAAAGGGGAAAUAAAAAAACCCCAAAAAAACAAAUGAGGACACAUAUUAUUAGACUCUAGUCGGACUUAAAAUGAGAUCUACACUUUGAAUAUCCAAAUCCAGCUCUUCAUAUAUUACUCGGCACAAAUACAUGUAUUCGGUGGAUGCAUUCAUCUCUACUCUCUCCUCUUUCCUUUCAGAUUUCCAUCAAAAUUUGAGCUUAUUUAUACAGCUGUAGAUUAGAGGGAAGGCAAAAUCGAGGGGUCGGUUAGCGUAAGUGAUUUUGACCGAUUUUGAGCUGAAUGAAGAAGCAAUUUGCUUUACAUUUUUAUGCAUAAAUACGUGCGGUUGCUUGAUAACUCUUUGUGGGUUUUCGUUUUAGCUUAGUUUUAGCUGAUUCUAAACUGGGUUUCGUUUGUGGGGUUUUCUAUUUUGAAUGUGGCUUUGUUGACUUGGGUGGACUAAAGGGGCUUUUUUGUUUAGGAGCUGAUUUUGUUGUUGAGGAACCUAGAAAGUGCAACUUUGUGAUCCAAAAUGGGGAUCUUUACUGUCUUUGAGUUGACUAGCUGUUGAAAGGUGAUUUCUUUAUUUAGUAACCAGCAUAUACAUUCCGUUAAUUUCUUCAAUUUAAUGCAUGAUUCAGCUGAAAGAUUUGAAGCUUUAGGUAGUGGGCAGAAAUUGACUGUUAGAUUUCAUAGUUGCCGUCAUUUGUAUGUUUCCAAAUGACUAGAGAUUAUUUAAUUUCUCAGCAUUCUUGAAUAAUUAAAGAGGGAAAAAGUUGAAUUGUUUGCCCUUGUAUGAUUGCCUUGCUGAAUUAUAAUUUUCAUAGUUUCCAAUAUUUUUGUAUGAUUUUUUGGGAAGAAACAGAAAUUGCACGUGGUUGUGCUUUAUUGAUGCAUUAUGCGAUAGUUUCUUAAGUCAGUUAUUUAUAGUAUUUGUGGUGCCCUAACGUUGUUGCUUGAUUUGUCGUAUUCGAGUUUGGUAGAAUGAGCACGUUUGUAUCCCACGUGUGAAUGACGCUUACUGGUCAAUACAAUUAAUAUCUACUUUUUCUGGAUUAAUUCGGUUUGUCUUUUAAGAGGAGUGUAACCGUCGCAAAUGUGAUAUGUUCAGCCAGAUGGAGCAUAUAUGAUCUUCGGUGGUUUUAUGCUUUUGAAAAUCUUUAGUCGUUGACGCGUUCAUCCAAAAGUGGUUCAGGAUGGGCUGUGGAUGUUCCAAAUUAAGUUCUUGCUGGACUUCUGAACAAAAUGGUGCCCGUCAUGAGCCUCUUAAUGCUGAGAAUGAGGAGAAAAGUGAAGUUAGUGAUUUGCCUGUAUUUCGUGAGUUCACUGUUGAACAACUCAAGAUAGCUACGUCAGGAUUUGCUGUAGAGAACAUAGUUUCAGAACAUGGUGAGAAAGCACCAAAUGUUGUGUACAAAGGCAAGCUUGAAAACCAGAGGCGUAUUGCUGUCAAACGCUUCAACCGAUCUGCUUGGCCUGACUCCCGUCAGUUCAUGGAAGAAGCCAAAGCCGUUGGUCAACUGAGGAACCAUAGGUUAGCGAAUCUGCUGGGGUGCUGCUGCGAGGGCGAUGAAAGGUUACUUGUUGCUGAGUUCAUGCCCAAUGAGACCCUUGCAAAGCAUCUUUUCCAUUGGGAAACACAACCAAUGAAGUGGGCAAUGCGGUUAAGGGUGGCUCUAUAUGUGGCACAAGCUCUAGAAUAUUGCACAAGCAAGGGACGUGCACUUUACCAUGACUUGAAUGCUUAUAGAAUAGUCUUCGAUGAUGAUGGUGAUCCCAGGUUGUCAUGCUUUGGCCUUAUGAAGAACAGUAGAGAUGGAAAAAGCUACAGCACGAACCUGGCGUUUACUCCUCCAGAGUACCUCCGGACUGGUAGAAUAACACCAGAGAGUGUGAUGUACAGCUUCGGUACACUUUUGCUUGACCUUCUCAGUGGAAAACACAUUCCACCAAGCCAUGCACUAGAUCUGAUAAGAGACAGGAAUCUUCAGAUGUUAACUGAUUCCUGUUUGGAAGGCCAAUUCUCCGGUGAUGAUGGAACUGAGUUAGUACGUUUGGCCUCAAGAUGUCUGCAGUAUGAGCCUCGUGAACGCCCAAAUCCAAAAUCAUUGGUGGCUGCAUUGAUUCCUCUACAGAAGGAGACUGAGGUUCCUUCACAUGCAUUGAUGGGCAUACCGCAUGGCGGUGAAGCUAUGUCACUGUCUCCUCUUGGUGAAGCUUGCCAAAGAAUGGAUUUGACUGCCAUGCAUGAGGUUCUGGAGAAGCUUGGUUAUAAAGAUGAUGAGGGAGCUGCUACUGAGCUUUCAUUCCAAAUGUGGACAAACCAGAUGCAGGAAACCUUGAAUUCUAAGAAAAAGGGUGAUGUUGCUUUCCGUCACAAAGAUUUUAAAGCUGCAAUUGAGUGCUAUACACAGGUUAGAUCUCUAUAUGCCUGUAGUAAGUCAGUUACUGUUGGUCUUGCUAUACUGACUGGUACAUUACUGUCAAAUGUAGUUUGAUACAUUCAUUCUAGACUGUGUUUCACAGUAGUACCCAUGUGCCCCCCUUGUUCAAUUCUGUCUUCACUUCAUCCUUUUCUAUUUCUAUGUCUAUGUACAUGUUUCUUCCUAUUCCUGGUUCGCUACUUUUAUGAUUUAAUUGGCAUUUGUCAAAUAUAAGGGGAGCUUGUGUUUCUUCAUUUUCUUUGUGUUGCUAUUUUGUAAUCUUGGAUGCGGCAUGUUUCAAAAGUUUUCUUUUCAUUUUCUCUUAUAACCCUGGUUAACUAUGGGUAUGCUUCAUUGUUGGGCUAAUAAUACCUUAUAUCCUUUAUCACAGUUCAUUGAUGUCGGGACCAUGGUCUCCCCGACUGUCUUUGCACGCCGCAGUUUGUCCUAUCUCAUGAGUGACAUGCCCCAAGAAGCACUGGAUGAUGCAGUACAAGCACAGGUGAUAUCCCCUGUUUGGCACAUUGCUUCAUACUUACAAGCUGCCGCGCUUUUCGCUUUAGAGAGGGAGAACGAGGGGCAAAUUGCACUGAGAGAGGGUGCAGUUCUUGAAGAGAAAAGGAAUACAACUUCCUUGAGAUAGGAAUUUAACCCAGAUUUUGAUAAUUUCACCAGAAAAAAAAAACUUGUCCUUUUGGGGCAAAAAAACAACAAACAAACUCAAAUUAUAUCUGUGGUUUAAGGGUUCGGGAAGCUUAGAGGGCUCUUCUUCACUUGCUCAAGUUCGCAAAGAAGCUCAAUUUCAUGACCUGGUGGUGUGGUUUUGCGGAAACAUUCUUUUGGGAACAUGAUUUUAGAUGGUGGUUUUCUUUUGGUUAGGUUUGAUAGAGUCUUUUCCUGUUGAUAGUAGAAACUGAAGCUUUCCCAGUUAUACAAGGAAAAAAAAUAUCUCAUUGGGGAUUUUUUUUUUUUUUUUUAAUCUAUGGUCAUUGUUGGAAUGUGGAAGGAACUAUUUAUAUACUUUUCGAUGAAAACAGAGUCAGGAUAUUUGGUGUACAGCGAGUGCUUCAUUGCUUGUUCAUCCUUUUGUGAUUUGACUGUUAGAAGUAGUCUUGAUUUACCUAGUCUGAUGACGAAUUUAUCAUGAAGUUUUACUUACCUUGAUUUUCAUUUUCCUAAGGAAGAUUUCUUGACCUCCA